CAACCAUCAACAGGCGUUGUUGGUGUUGCUGUUUUUGCCAUUACCUUUCCACACAGUUGCUUCCUCUUUGGUUGCAUCGAUUGGAUAAUGGUGGUGCAGCACUGAUUUGCACAAAAAAGAUCGGGCAUCCCGUUCGAUUUCUGCCCGUUUCGAAGAACAGCCCUCUGCCCCUAGGGCUCAGCUCAAGAUGCCGAAGAAAAAGACGGGUCAACGGAAGAAGGCAGAGAAGCAGAAGCUGCGCCAGAAGGAGAUCCGGAACCGCGAGUCGCAGCUACCGGAGCAACCGUGCAAUGUUGCUAUGGAUUGCGAGAAAUGUGGCAAGAAGCAGAAAUCUCGCGCAUUCUGUUAUUUCUGUCAGAGUGUCCAACGGCUGCCGAUCUGUGCACAGUGCGGCAAGCAGAAGUGCAUGCUGAAGACGGGCGACUGUGUGGUGAAGCAUCCGGGCGUAUUUACCACCGGGCUGCAGAUGGUUGGUGCCAUCUGUGAUCACUGCGAGGCGUGGAUCUGCCAUGGCCGAAAGUGUUUGCAGUCGCAUGCCUGCGUAUGUCCACUGAUGGAUGCAGUUUGCAUCGAGUGCGAGCGAGGCGUUUGGGAUCACGGGGGGCGUAUGUAUAAGUGCAGCUUCUGCAAUAACUUCCUGUGCGAGGACGAUCAGUUCGAACAUCAGGCUUCGUGUCAGGUGCUGGAGUCAGAAUCGUACAAGUGCCAGUCGUGCAACAAGUUGGGCCAGUACUCGUGCCUACGCUGCAAGACCUGCUACUGUGAUGAUCAUAUCCGCCGGAAAGGGUUUAAGUACGAGAAGAAUAAGCCGAUUCCGUGCCCCAAGUGCAACUACGAGACGAGUCAAACGAAGGACCUCAGCAUGUCGGUUCGUAGCCACAAGUAUGGUCGCAAGCGCCUGGAUGACGAAGGAGAAGAUGAGGAUUACGUGUACGACGAUGAAUACACGGCUUACCGCAGUAGGCACGACGAUCAGUACAACGAAGAUUCGGAUAGCUCCUCCGACGAUGAUUACGAUGAUGAUGACGACGACGAUGAUGAUGAUGAGGAGGACGACGAUGAAGAAGGCGAAGAUAAAGCCGCUGGUGCGUCGGUGACGAGGAAGUAGGAGCCCGUCGAGAUCCCGAGCCUGAGGUUUUCUUUCCUUUCAAGACCCAACUACGAUCUGCAAAGAGUGGCUUUAAACUCAAAAAGUUUUUAUUUAACCACGCUGCGAUCACUGUUCGCGUUCAGUUUUGGGAGCAAGUUUGUAAUAAAACGAAAGAUUGAAG